CGGGGAGCGGCGGCCGCCGUGCGAGGAGCGGGCUGGAGGAGCGGGCAGGGCCGGGCAGGCACCGGGCCGGGACCGCGCCGCAGGUUUUAGAGCAGGAGGAGGAGUCCAAGACUGGCUGGAACUAAUUUACUCAUUUCCCUCCCAAAGGCUGACCCAAAGACCUGUGUCAAAGAGUUGCACAAGAGACAGAGACUGGAAGCUCUUUGAAUGUGCUGCCUGAAGACUUAAGGCCUCUCAGGGGACUUGAGAUGACUUCUCACAAGAGAUGCUUUCAGGAGGGGUUGUGCUGAAGACAGAGCACUGCAGCCUCUAACUGGGACAGCUCCUGCUGGUCUGGAGCUGAGACCCAACUUCCCUCCCUCCCUUUUCCCUUGGAGAUGUUGCAGAGAUUUAAUCUGACCUCUUCCUGCUCACCUGAAGCCUGCCGUGGCGAUGAUCCCACAGCCAGAUCCGACCACCAAAGAGAAGAGAAUCGUGCGUUUGAGGCUGGGCCCUCGUUGUAACUGAACUGGAAUUUAUCCCUGCUUGUGCUCCCGGAACGACUGCCCUUCCUCUGCUUGUCUGUUUGUGCUGUGAGCCAGUACUCCCUGAUCUUGUUUGGAAUUCCUGAGCUUUCCACGCUGAAUUUGCCCAUGGCUUUCUUGAUGAAGAAGAAGAAAUUCAAGUUUCAGACAAGUUUUACUCUAGAAGAGCUGACUGCCGUCCCCUUUGUCAAUGGGGUUCUGUUCUGCAAAAUCAGGCUGCUAGAUGGAGGAGACUUUGCUAGUUUAUCUAGCAGAGAGGAAGUUCAGGAAAACUGUGUCCGCUGGAAAAAGAAAUUCACCUUUGUGUGUAAAAUGAGUGCCAACCCUGCCACAGGACUCCUGGACCCCUGCAUCUGCCGAGUGUCUGUCCGGAAGGAGCUGAAGGGCGGAAAAACCUACUCAAAGCUGGGCUUUGCUGAUCUAAAUCUGGCAGAAUUUGCAGGCUCUGGAUCCACUGUCCGUUGCUGCUUGCUGGAAGGAUAUGAUACUAAGAACACCCGACAGGACAACUCCAUCCUAAAGGUCACGAUUGGAAUGUCCCUGCUCUCUGGGGACCCCUGCUUCAAAACGCCUCCUUCCACCGCCAAGUCCAUCACCAUCCCAGGGCAGGACUCCACUCUGCAGCUGACCUGCAAGGGCGAGGGAACCACCAGCAGCAGCAGCUCCUCCACAAUUGGCUCCCUGCGCCAGGCCAAGCCAAGAACUGCCAUCCUCAGCUCAGGUGUCCCAGAAGAGUCGGAUCAGAACCUGUCCAGCCCAGAGGAAGUUUUCCACUCAGGGCACUCGCGGAACUCGAGCUAUGCCAGCCAGCAGUCCAAGAUCUCUGGUUACAGCACGGAGCACUCGCGCUCCUCCAGCAUGUCCGACCUGACCCACCGCCGGAACACGUCCACCAGCAGCAGCGCCUCGGGGGGGCUCAGCAUGACCGUGGAGUACCCUGAGGGGGAGAGGGAACACAAACUGGAGAAGCCUCCUCGGCCCCCCAGACCACCCCUCCUGCUGGACAGACCCUCCCGGAGGAAAAAGGAUUCAAUGGAGAGUCACCCAACCCGAGUGGAUGACACCAGGAUCGAUGCUGAUGAUAUAGUGGAGAAAAUAAUGCAGAGUCAGGACUUCACAGAUGUCAGCAAUACUGAAGACAGUAACCUGAGGUUGUUUGUGAGCAGAGACGGAACAACUACACUGAGUGGUAUUCAGCUGGGAAACAGGGUCUCAUCUGGAGUUUACGAGCCAGUGGUGAUUGAAACCCACUAAAUGUGAAGAACAGGGUAGAGCUGCUGGACACAGGCCCCCUACCCAGGCCGCUGCCACACGGAUGCCAACCUUUACCUCUCUUCAUGCAGCAUUCCAGAAGGGAUUUCUCCACGCCCCUCCCCGUAUGUUUGCACUGCAGAACUACUCCGAGACCACUCCAGAACAUGCACUUUCCCUGCAUUGGCAUUGUCCUUCUCUGCUUCCUGGUCCUUCCAGUGCAUGCCUUCCCCCUGUUCCUGCUCAGACACAAGGUGUCUGUGGGGCUUAUCCUUGGGCUAGUCCCAGAGGAUGUUGCUCAUCUGCAUCCCUCAUUCCACCCAUUCACUUGCAGCAGGGGACUUCUCAGUUUCUGUCUCCCCAAAACAUUGGGUUAUACCACUGUGAACUCUUCAAACCACUGGGGGUGGGGGAAACCAUUCCAACCAAACCCAGAGCUGCUUGUUGGGGACAUGGUGACAUGGCCACUUGCAGGAUGCUUUAUUCCAUUGACUCUGCAAGGGAACAUCACCUCCCAAGGAAGGCAAUGGUUUUACGGAACAAGGUAUGCUGUGGUGUACGCUUCACCUUCCUAUCCUCACAUCCCCAAACAACAUCUUCUCAUAGGAAAUACUUCCCAAAAGUGCAUUUCAGAAAACUCUGCUGCAGUCCAGCUGGGAGUUGGUGAACGGUUAAAUGUGAGUGCUCGUCUCACCACUGACUGCAGCAGCCCUUCCACUGCUGGGCAUGGAAGGGGGUGUUCAUCAACUAGCAUUAGCAGGAGCACUUUAGAGGUUAUAGAUUUUACCUGGAGGAGGCUUCUACUCACUAUUCCAUGAGUAUAAUCUGUGUUUGCUGGACUGAUUCAGCAAAUAGUCUUGUUGGAGCUUGGAAUACAAAGCCUCUUUCUUUGAUUUUUUUUUUUGUUUUGUUUUUUUUUUUUUUGGGGGGGGGGGGGGGUUUGUUUUUAGCUUUGUUUCAUUGGCUCAGGAAGGGAACUGCCCUUCUUGGACUACGAAAAGAAUCUUGUCUGACAGCUCUUCCCUGGGCCAGAGCUGGAUGCAAUUGACUGCAGUGGUCUCUCUGUUGAGGUGGUGAUGUCAAUUGCCUCUCUUGGCCUGGGCCAGUAAGGGAUUUGGUGUUGCUUGGCCUUUCUUGUCUUGUCAGCAGAGAUCUGUGCCUGUGCUGGUUCCUUUCAGGGCUGGGGAGAAGCUACUGUCUCUGCCUUCAAGGGUAGAAGGGGUGUUUGCUGCUGCAUUAGCCAGAGCAGCUGUUCUGACCUGCUCUGUGGUGAGUGAACUCUUCUGACAAGGCUUCAAACUGUUCUCUGGUUGAUCUUUCAAUUGCUCUUCUUUGGGUUUGGUUUCUGCAGUUGUUUGACACUUUUCCUUGCAGUGUGUGGCAGAGAUGUCGAUCCCUUUCAGCUCCCACUUGGAGAUUUCUCCUGGCAGCUGAAUUGCCAGCGAGGAUCUGGGCAGCCCCUGGCUGUGGGCCAGCAGCAGGCUGUGCUUGCAGCCCUCCCUGUAUAAGAUAAGCUAUUUCUGUGUAGUGCCCAUUCCUCUGUUGCCAGUGUUCUGUGGUGGCACUCGGCAGCCGUGCCCUCGGAGCAGUUCCACACUCCAGGACCUGGCUCCCCUCUGGCACUUGUGUGUGUGUGCACAGGCACACACUCACUCUGUUCAGCAAGGAAAGACUUGUAACUGAUCACGUUGUUCAAAUUCUUAGUUAUUGUAAAGCCUCUUUUAAAGGAGAAAAAAAAAAAGCAUUAACUGUGUCUCUUUGGCCAGAAUGCAUGCAGAUGAGCUGCUGGAAAAGGGAAUCUGGCAGAAUGAGAAACAAGGAAUGAAAGGGCCUUGAUUUAGCUUUUUUUUUUUUUUUUUACCCUUCUAGCUAAGGAUGCUGCAUGGGGAGGGUGCUCAGCAGUGUGUAAAACUAUACAGUUGCUUACUCUGUUUUGAUGGUUUCUCUCUUCGAGUCAAGAGGUUUCUUUCUGUGUUUGGACAGACCACAUAUAGGAUAUGCAUCUUUUCCACCCUUUCCCUUCAAAGGGAAUUAAAUUUGAAUUAGGGUAAAAAGGGGAUACAGACAACACCUUGGUUUGGUUUAAUGUAGGGAAAAGUGUUGGAUCUUUUGAGACUGUUUAGAACAAAAGCUCUUUCACACUUGCUAGGUUUUUUUUUAAUGGUGAUCUCUUCUUCAUUCAGCCUGGGUAGGUUUGGCACUCACUUGCAGGCUGCUGAGCAUCCUGCCCUGUUCCUGGGGUGCCACAUGUCUGCAGGAAGGAGAGAACUGCUUGUCUUUCUCUCUCCCUGGGGCAGUGCCAGAGAGCCAGGCCUGGCCUGACCGUCUGCUCAGGUCAGGGUGAGGGCAGAGGGAGCUGGGACAGCAGGGGCUGUUCUGCCCUCUGCGCAUGGCCCUGCAGAGCCCAGGGUCUGGCUGCUCCCCAGGGGCCAACAAAGCCCCUCGGGAAAUCAGAUCCAACCAGGACUUGAAAGGAGCAAGCAUAAGCCAGGAAAGAGGCUAAAACCCAGCUCAUUUUGCUGUUUUGCUUCUGUUCCCAUGAGAAACAAUGGCAGUCACUGUCAGAGCAGUUGGGAUCCCAGGGCAUUCUUCUGGCCUCCAUUGGCAGGAGUUGGCUGCUCCGAGGCACUGGCAGCUCGGCAUGUCACGAAAUCAGUGGGACAGAGAGAGGAAUAUCUUCCCAGCAAAGCAAGAGGAGAAGCAGUUGAGCUUUUGAGAGCGCUGGUCUCUUCUUCCCAGGCUGGCAGAGGCAUAACCUGCUCCAUCACAUCCCUGUGGCCAACCUGGGCAUGUCUUUGGCUUCUCUUCCAGUGGCUUGGCACAUCACUGCUUGCAUUUCUGAUAACUGUGUCUCGUAGGGUAUUUCUUCCUUGUCUCCACGUUAGUCCCUCCACAGAUUCUGGUCUUUGUGUGGCUUUUUAGCUCUCCUGCCCCUGGUUUUGAGUGAGUAAGUAGUCCUAGUCAUCCAGCCUUGUGCAGCACAGCUGGGGGACCUGGAGCAGAUGUGGAGGGAGGGAGGGAGGAAGGAGCAGUCGGUUCCUGUUUGUAGAUCCCGUGCAGAGCUCCUGCUGUGCAUCCAGCACAAGCAGUGCCCAGCAGUCCCUAGGCAGCCGUGGGCACCCGAGGUGGUGGCUGUGGGGUCACUGGUCCCACACACUCACUGCUGCCUCAGGAAGCUGCAUCUCACGAGCACUUUUUUCCUUGCUGCUGCCUGUUCCUUGUUGGACUUUGAACAUUUAAGAAGUGAAUCAGUUUCCAGACCCAAACCGCUGGCUACUUUCCUUCGGGUUUUUCUUUUUUGUUGUGAAGUUUAUGGAAUUUUUUUUUAUACAAACCCAGCAGGCUGGUGUUUUUUGACUGCAUUAUUGUUUCAUUGAUAUUUUAUUUCAGGGGGGGCUUAGGGGGGAAUGUUCUUCCCCACUCUGUUCCCCUUCUCAGGGGAUUCAGAGGUGGCUUAAACAAGUAAAAGGACCUUAUUGGCAAGACUCUGCAUCCCCUGGGUCUCUGAUGCUGACGAGCAGGGCUGCUCACGCCUGGCUGGCCCUGGAGAGCGGAGCUGGCUCUCUGCUUCAGUCUCAGGAUCAGGCAAAACGUGUGGGCUCUGCUCCUGGUUUCUAGACCUUUAGUUGGUGGAAGCACAUUGCAAAGUGUUAGGAAAUUCAGUGUAACUUUUUUACUAACUUCUUUUCUUUUUUUUAAAGCCAAUAUAAAACUGAGUGUCCAGAAGAAUAGGCUUAGUCGUUACUUGGUGAAGGAGAUGGAUUUCAGUUGGAAAUUGUGAUGGGAAAAGGGAGGAGAAGGAUGUUGCUCCCUCAUCAUCAUCUUUUGUAUGGUCAGCACUUUAAAUGGGGGCCUCGUGCUGUUCUGACCCUUGGAGUGAUGGGCAGCAGGCGUGUGAUUUCUCCCCCCCUCAUUGCCACAUCACUUUGCCCCCUGCAGAAAGGUUAACAAGCCCUUUUAAACGUUUGCUUCAGUUUUUAGAGGGUUCCAAACCAGGUGGAGGCCUGAAGAAAUAGUAUUUCAUUCUCAUCUGAAUAGGAGGGGUUGACUUUUUAUUUAUUUUGUCGUUGCUGUUUCUUUUUAAGCAGGUGGCAGUGCAGCUGGUCUCUGCACUGCUGCCAGGAUCCUCUGGGAAAACCUCACUCCAGGUACGCUAGAGCACCACAGUUAAGCCCCUCCUGGUGAGGGGCUCCCCCUCCCCUCCUCGCUGCCUUACCCGGGGGCUGCAGACCCCCCUCCACCCCUCCCUGCUGCCCCACCUGGUCUCUAGCUGAGUUCUUGCUCUGGUGACCGAGCCCUUUGGACAAGGCCAGUCCCCAGGGACAAGUUCCUACAAACUCUGCCUGGCUGCAGGUGUUUGUCCUUGAAAAGCCACUUCCUCGCUGCGGGGAGGGAUUGAUGAAUGCAAAAUUCCCCCCACUUCCCUCCUGAGAGCUGUGUCCAUCAGCCCCCUCCCUGCACCCUCUGAUCCCGCUGCCUCCAGAGCAGCAGGCGUGGAAACCUGGGAAAUGAAAAGGAAUUGGGGUGAAGCUCUGAGCGAGGGAUGCGGCUGAGCCUGGGAACUUGCCUCAAACACGUGGAAUAACAGUAGAGCCCAUAUUUUUGUGGGGGGAGGGAGGGGAAGGGGAGAUCAUGUUUUAUUUUCUUGAAAGUGAAUUGAGCUUGGUGACCUUCGGCUGAGGCGCACUCGAUUUGUAUCAGAUUCUAUAGACAGAUGGCUGAUAUUUUUGGAAAGGGAAUGGGUCUAUGCAAACUUCCAAAAUUGCUUGAAAGAUAGUUUAACAUUUUUUUACUUUGAAAAUCUAAAGAUAAAUCUAACUUUUGUCUUAAAGCAGAAGUGCGUUUAGAAAGAGAAGCUACUUCCACUGCUCUAUUUUGAUGAUGAUUCUUGGAAAGUUUGGGCUGGAGGGAAUGACUAUUUUUCACCAUUUCUAUCUUGCUCCUCUAGUUUUUUUGUUUCUUUUUCUAACGGAAUGCUGUGCCGUCUUUGAUUCAACAGAUCGUGUUUGUAUUUUCUGUAUCUGGUUCCUAAUGUAGAGAAAUAACAAAUAUAUGAGGAAAUCAGUAUAAUGUCAAAUGUUGUUAUGGUUUGGGGGAAAAAAUAAAGGUUUUUUGGUACUUCACACUGA